CUGCCUUUAGACCUUGGGGAGGCCAGGAGGAGGGUUAGAACCCCAGGGCGGGGGACAUUAUCACUGGAGGGCAAAGUAUGGGGGUGGGAACGGAGGAAGACUGAAUGCCGACGGAGAACCCUCAGAUGAAGAGCUGCUGGACAGCUGCUUGAACGUGUCCGUUAUAGGGGCUGCAGAAGAGCUUCAGGAUUGCAAUGGGAUCUGUUUUAGGCUGACGGAGGCAGCUUCAUGCAGCACCUGACAGUUGAUUGUUGGACACUGACAUGGGCUUGGAAGAAAUCAGAAGUUUCUCCUGUGAGAAGCAAAGCCAGAUAACAGCACAGACAUAUCAAGGAAUCAAAGAACAUCCAUAAGAAGUACGGGGAGAUAAAAUUCUAUAACAGGAAGGUCACUUAGGAAUGGCUACUACCUGGAGCUAGGAGACAGAUAACUCCAAAGAACCAGAAAUUUCUCAGGAUGAGUGAAGAUACGGUGACACGGACUCUCCAAGCACGGAAACUUCCUGAGUGGAUGUCUGCCACACAGAAGGGAGGUGAUUCAGAUAAAAGAAAGAGGAGUGUUCUGGAAGAUGACCUUCCCCUCCUCGAGUUCCCUGGCACCAUCAUUUACAGCUACGAGGCUAGUGACUGCUCCUUCCUGGCAGAGGAUAUCAGAACAAGCUUAUCUGAUGGCGCGGUGGUGGGCUUUGACAUCGAAUGGCCUCCGCCCUUCUGGAAGGGCAGGACAGGCAGGGUCGCUCUUGUCCAGUUGUGUGUGUCUGAGAGCAAAUGCUACUUAUUUCACGUUGCUUCUAUGUCAGUUUUUCCCCAGGGACUGAAGAUGCUGCUGGAGAACGAAGCUGUUAAAAAGGCCGGUGUGGGGAUCGCAGACAAGUGGAAACUCCUGCGGGACUUUGACAUCCACCUGAAGGGCUUUGUGGAGCUGGCCAGUGUGGCCAAUGAGAAGCUCAGGUGUAAGGAGUCCUGGAGCCUGGACGGCUUGGUGAAGCACCUCUUCAGGAAGCGGCUCCUGAAAGAGCAGUCGGUGCGCUGCAGUCGCUGGGAGGACUUCCCGCUCACGGAGGACCAGAGGCAGUAUGCCGCCAUUGACGCUUUCGCCAGUCUCAUAGUUUACCAAAAAUUGGAAACCUUGAGUGGCACUGAGCAGAUGCUGCCGACAAAACCCGAGGUGCACCAAUUUCCUGAGGAGGUGAAGAAGCAGCUGCUGUCCCUCUCUGAAGAGAUCAUGGAUCUGGCCACGCAUCUUGAACAUCCUUGGAGGCCCCACGGCGAGCCACAGAGAGUUACAGAGUUACUGAAGAGUCUUUCAGAAGUCCUGGGGGCAUUAAGGACUGAAUUGCUUGGGGUUCCUAGCUCAGAGAGACCCCUCGGGGAUGCCCCAUCAGAUGAUGGCCCUGCAGCUGGGGAAGAGCCCAGAAGACUUGAAGAAGGGCCCCAGGCCAAGCUGGAACAUGGAGGUAACAUCAUUGAACAUGGAGGAGAAAAUGGGUCUGAUGAUACAGUGGACCUGAUCUUAGAUAGUAACAUCACUGAACAUGGAGGAGGAAAUGGGGCUGACAACACAGUGGACCUGACCAUAGAUGGCGGCAAACAAUCCAAUAUGGAUGGUAAUGCUAUUGAACAUGGACAAGGCAGUGGGGUGGAUAAUACAGUGGACCUGACCGCAGAUGGUAACAUCAUGGAACAUGGAGAAGGAAGUGGGGCAGACAGCACAGUAGAUCUGACCACAGAUGGGUUCGACGGUGGACGGGAAGAUCAGAAACCUCAAGAAGCUGAGGAGAGAGUUUGCUUGAUGUCAUUGGAUGUUACUGAAUAUGAGCUUCAGAUGAUGGAGCAGCAGGCGCGGGAAGAAAUGAAUGAGGCCUCACAUGUGUCGGAUCAGGACCUAAUUUCUGCGAUGGGUGAUCAUGAUCUUUCUUAUGCCAUUGAAAGUGAUGAAGAUCUGGAAAUGCAGAUGCUGAAAACCUUGGAAGACCUGGACUGUGGCAAGUUGAAGCAGAAUGUGUCAGAAUUGUCGGAAGCUGGAGGCAAGGCCCAGACCUCUGCUGCUGAGGGCGAUGAGGAAGCCAUUGAAGAAGAAGAGGAUGGAUGGGACCCCUCGUUACCAGUGCCCACCGCAGAGCAAGUCGUUUGCCUGAAGACCUACUUUGGCCAUUCCAGUUUCAAACCGAUGCAGUGGAAAGUGAUCCAUUCUGUCUUAAAAGAAAAACGAGAUAAUCUUGUCGUCAUGGCCACUGGGUACGGCAAGAGUUUGUGCUUCCAGUUUCCUCCCGUGUUUGUCGGUGGGAUUGGCAUCGUUGUGUCUCCUCUGAUUUCUCUGAUGGAAGACCAGGUUCUUCGGCUCCAAAUGUCCAACGUCAAAGCGUGUUUCCUCGGAUCAGCUCAGUCAGAAAACAUCAUCAAGCGUGUUAAAGCGGGAGAGUUCAGGGUUGUAUAUAUCACCCCAGAAUUCUGCUUGGCAAACCUGAACCUGCUGACUCAGCUCGAUGCCCACCCAGGGAUCACCUUGAUUGCCGUGGACGAGGCCCACUGUGUGUCAGAGUGGGGGCAUGACUUCCGAAAUUCUUUCCGAAGCUUGGGCUCCUUGAAGACCACCUUGCCGUUGGUGCCCGUGCUGGCACUGACGGCGACAGCCAGCUCCUCCAUCCGAGCAGACAUCGUGCACUGCCUCAAGUUGCAGAACCCACAGGUCACCUGCACUAGCUUUGACCGGCCCAACCUCUACCUGGAUGUUGGGCGCAAGACCGGCAACGUCCUUCAGGACCUGGACAGGUUUCUUGUGAAGAAGACGGGAUCAUCCCGGGAAUUUGAAGGCCCCACCAUCAUCUAUUGCCCUACUAGAAAGAUCUCUGAACAAGUGACUGCAGAGCUCCGUAAACUGGACUUGGCCUGUGGCACAUACCACGCGGGCAUGGGGAUCAAGGCGAGGCGAGAGAUCUACCACAAAUUCAUGCAUGAUGAAAUCCAGUGUGUCGUAGCAACAGUCGCCUUUGGCAUGGGCAUUAACAAAGCGGACAUUCGCAAAGUCAUCCACUAUGGUGCUCCCAAGGAAAUGGAGUCUUACUACCAGGAGAUGGGUAGGGCUGGCCGCGACGGCCUGCCCAGCGCUUGCCAUGUGCUCUGGGCCCCUGCGGACAUGAGCUUCAAUAGGCACUUCGUCCAUGACAUACAGAAUGCCGACUUUCGCCAGUACAAGUUGAAGAUGAUGCGGCAGUUGGAAAAGUACCUUCAGUCCAGCAGAUGCAGGCGGAGAAUCAUCUUGUCUCAUUUUGAAGACAGACAGCUCCGAAAGGCCUCCUCGGGCAUCAUGGGAACGGAGCAGUGUUGUGACAACUGUCGGGCCAGACUGAAGGAACCUCGUUCCAUUGAGGACUCUGAGGAGAGCCUACAGGACUUUGGACCGCAGGCCUACAAGCUGUUGUUGGCAGUGCGAGACUUAGGAGAGAAGUUUGGAAUUGGAGUCCCAGUUUUGUUUCUUCGAGGAUCGAAUUCUCAACGUCUUCCUGAAAAGUUCCGCAGUCACUGUCUCUUUGGUCGUGGCAAGGACCAUUUGGAGAGCUGGUGGAAGGCUUUGGCUCGACAGCUUAUUUCGGAAGGUUUUUUGGAAGAAAUGUCAGGAUCCAAGAAGUUUGCCAAAAGUUGUGCUCUUACACAGAAGGGUAAAACCUGGCUGGAGAAAGCCGCUGCCGAGUCGGCCCGAACACUCCUCCUUCAUGCCAGCGAAGACCUGUGUCCAAGGAAAUUACUCAAACUAAGCAUUUGGCCCCCGUCACCAGCAAAGCCUCUUCCUGGGUCCCAAGACUCCCCAGCAUCCGUAUUGUCCAAAGAGCAGGAGUUCCAGACCAUGCUGUAUUGCAAGUUGGUGGAAGCGCGGCAGAAGCAGGCAGGUGAAAAGGACAUCCCUCCGGCCGUGCUGGCCACCAACAAGGUGCUGCUGGAGAUGGCCAAGAAGAGGCCGAGUACGCUGGAAAGCCUGAAGAGCAUCGAUGGCGUUUCAGAGGCCAAGUGCUCGAUGCUGGCCCCUCUCCUGGAGGUCAUCCGAGCCUUCAGCCAGACAAAAGGCCUUCGGACAGACUUGUUUUGCAGCCCUUCACCUGCAUCGGAAGAGAACAGUUUAGCCAAGAAGUCCGAGCCUGUCUCCCUUCCCAAGUCAGUCUCCAUCACAUACUCUUUGUUCCAAGAAAAGAACAUGUCUUUGUGGAGCAUUGCUGAGAGCAGGACGAUGCCCCUUCCCGUGGUCGGCAGUCACCUCGCCCAGGCGGUGAAGGCGGGCUACCCUCUGGACCUUGAGCGCGCGGGCCUGACUCCGCACGUCCGGAAGAUGAUCACCGACGCCAUCCAGAAACCUCCCAUCAGCUCAGAUAUCUCCAAAAUGAGGGCCAUCAGGACGCUGGUCCCUUCAAAGGUUGAAACCUACCUCAUCCAGAUGGCGCUGGCCCUGGAGGAAAAGGAGAGGAAGCCAGAAGCCACGCUCCCGGACCCGUCCCCAGAAGAGUCCGGGGUGGGGAGUGCUGUGCCCCGCGCUUCAGAGUCCUGCUCGGGGGCCAGCAAGCCGGUGGCAGAGACCUCCAAGAGGAAGUUCCCAGACUGGUUCUCUUCGUCCCCGGGAAGAGCGCCUUCCUCAGGCACCUCCAAGAAAGCGAAGGCUGGAGCCCGCAAGGGGCUCUUCACUUGAGUCGGGCACUGCUCUCGGAGCUGUUGGCCCCAUCUAGCUCGGGCAUCUGUUACUGUUCUGUGAUGGGGAGGGAUUGUUACCAGACAUAGGGAAUGUUUGCCAGGACGUCCGGGCCGCCCUGCCUCUCUUCCAGAUUGCCUUAAGAAGAGGUUUUCAGGGAGAUUUCCCCAGCUCUUUCUUGAUGCCGUGGAAGGGGCCUCUGAGAGCCCUCCUGCCAGCCUGUCGGGCAAUUGCAUCUCUGAAUGCCACCUCUGCCACAAGGGGCUGGACACUGCUGUUGGAGCUGCUGUGACCAAGAAGAGUCUGUGGAACCUGUUGGGCCCGACGUUGUGAUUUCCUCAUGUUCCAGGAGGCCGCCCUCCUUUCUGCAGCCAGGGCAGAGGGAGAGGGGCCUGUCCCCCUCACCUUCAGUGUCAGCUUUUAGGUGUGUGCUGCGUCCACCGUCAGUGACCAGGGGAGCCGCUAGCACAUUAUGGCUGCCCAGUCUCGUUCCAUAGUGGGGCACUCUGUUCUUAGUUUUUCCUAAAAUAAAGGCCUGUUUGUUCCUGAAUGUUCCAUUGUUUUAUACUGAGGCCGACCUGGCAUGGGACUGGCUGGGCUUGGGGGUGUUGUGCUGCCUCUCUCCUGACCUCCCAGACCUCCUUGUCCGGCCCGCCUCCUCGAUCUGCUGGCUCACCCUGUGUCACAGUCCUCUGGGGCGGAAAAGUCGGAGGGAGUCGAUUUGGAUUUACCCAGUUCCCUGAGCCUCAGCUUCUUCAUCUGAAGAAGGGGGAUGGUGAUCCCUGUGCUCAAGUACGAUGGCAGUGGUAUUCAUUCUAAGCAUUAACCUGAAGAUGCCGUAGCCCAGGACUGCAGCCAGAGUAGGGAGGUUUUUCACUAAGUCUCUACCAUAAUACUUUCCAGCUUGCCAAACAAUUCCCUCACAACAGCCUGCGGGGUAGGGAGGGAAAGGAAUUACUUUUGAGAAUUCAGUGCGAUAACAUGGAAAAAUGCUUUAUAGACUUGGAGGCCAGAUAUGCUCAGUGCCAGAUUUGGUUGUUAUUAUUGUUACUAUUUGUGUCGUCUCCAUUCCCUUAUGCGGGAGUUCCCAUGUCAGUGCCCUCCCAGGCCCGCUCCUGCUCCUGCCCCUGCUGCGGACUUCAGUUCUCGGAGCCGUGUUGGAGGCUGGGGGGGGCUCUGUCUUGCCCAUUCUCUAUUGGCUUCCUUUGUUAAGGGGCCUGAAGUGGGAAUCUUGCCUGAUUCCUUGUCCAUCCAUCCUUCCCUCAAUGCUUCCUACGCCUUCCUCUCAGGCGUCCUGAUGUCUAUCUUGCCACCAGCCCCGGAGGGCUCUGGAGGAGAGAGGGAGGCUGGUGACCUUGCCCAGCCUUCCCUCGCUUAAAUCUGAUUCACUGCAAGUCAUGACAUCACCCCGAUUUCAGGGUCCUCUUCAAGAACAAAAGACAAGAACCUUACUCUAGAUAAUUUUCUCUCCUUAAUUAACCACUUUUCUUCAGAUCAAUGGAGUCUUCAAAGACAAGGCUUUGUGGCCACUGAGAAUCUCCCAAAGACCACUCUGCUGAGGCCAGUUGCAGAAGGGAUUCUGCUGGGUGUCGGAAGCAGGCAGCUUUGGUGGUCCCCAGCCCUCUCCAGCUGCGUGGCCUCACCCCUCUGGAUCGUCCUGGACCUUCCACUUGGUGCUUGUGUGACUGUGGGCUGCUAACUGACCCACUCUGCCCCCCCCCCCAGUCUGCCCAACUCCAUGGCCCUGUGAGCCUAAAGUGACCUUCCAGAAAACUUGUGUUAAGUAAAUGACCAGUGACCUCCCACGGGGACAGCAAGCAGUGACGUUCAUUUAUGUGUUAGUUGGAGGGGCAGAUCUUCAGCUUGGUGGGAGGAACCCCACUGUUGGGUAAACAGUGCGCUCCUCAUCACUGGAGGGACCCCUUGUAGGCAGGGAGGUGUGUGGAAGAAGGGAUUCCCCUUCAGCUGUGGGGUGCCCUGGAUGGGCCUUCAAGGCCUCUUCCAACUCCAAGAUCCUGUUGCCCUAACCCCAGGUUGGUCCCAUUGGAAGUCCCACGGCUUUUUAAAAAAGGUCUUCACUUUGAUGAAACAAUGCCUAACAUGAUGCACAUUCUGUGUAUUUCCUUGACUUCUGAAGAGAACGGAUCAACAGAAUCGUCCAUCUUUUCCUGAUGACACAAGAGCCCUGCUCUAGGCGUAAGGAGUCCUGGGUUCUAGUCUUGCCCCAGUCACCACCCUGCUCUGAGACCUUGAGCAGCAAAAUCCAUUCCCCACUUGGUGCUCCCUCCGUUUCCUCAUCUGCAAACUGACGCCGUUGGCUGAGAUGGCGUCCAAAAUCCACUCUCCUUGUAAAUUGCUGUGAAUUCCGCGUGGCCGUGAUCUGGGGACCCCUUCUGAAGCAGCAUCGGGGUGUGGGGAAGGCUGUAGUCUGGGAAACCAGAUAAGGAAAACUUGUUAGAAAAAAAAAGACACGUACUUGAUGACAUUUGUGUAUUUCAAAGGAAUAACAAAGUGUAUCGGCAGUUUCACGUGCAGUCAUUGUUUUAAAGGUAUUCUGUGUUAUGGAAAUGCUUGUUUUAUUCCAUUAAAUUAAAAUUUUAAA